GGGGCAGCGAGGACAGCGACAGCCACCGCCGCGGCUGGUCCCGCGCAGGUGAGGGGCGAGCCCCGCCCGGCUCUGCAGCCCCGGGACGCGGCCUGGAACAGAAGUCUCUGCAGUUGUUUUUACAUAGAGCCACUCACUUUUGAGGAUUGAAUUAUUGGUUCUUCAUAAAGCCAUGGAUCUGGAUAAACCAUCUGUCUGGGGCUCAUUCAAACAGCGGACCAGGCCAUUGUUAAUCAACUUGAGCAAGAGGAAGGUGAAGAAGAACACAAACAAACUCCUAGACUUAAGGGCAAGGCAUCACCUGGACCGGCGCCUGAGCCUGUCAGUACCUGACCUUCUGGAGGCUGAAGCCCUGGUUCCAGAAGGCCACCCUUACACGGGACCCCAGUCCUCCUAUACCUCAGUGCCCAACAGCCUGUCCACGGCAGGGAUCAUUCCCAAGAGUAGCAGCAGCUCCUUGAAACAGUCGGAAGAAGAACUGGACUGGAGCCAGGAGGAAACAAGCCAUCUGCAUGCAGUGGAGACAGACUCAGAAGAAAUCUACACCUCUCCCACUGAGGAUAUGUGGGCCUCCAGCCCCGGCCUCUUUGAUCUGCAGAAACCUCUGCUUGGAGUGGAUGUGCCAGAAGAGCCAGAGAAACUACCGGGCAAUGGUGACUUGAAUGCUUCCAUGGCAUCUCAACAUUUUGAAGAACAAUCUGCUCUUGGGAAAAUUGGUGAUGGUUUGAGUCACCUCCCCGGCCCUUUCGCCUACCUUCUCACCAUCCACCUGAAGGAAGGCCGCAACCUGGUGGUGCGAGAUCGCUGUGGCACCAGUGAUCCCUAUGUGAAAUUUAAGCUGAAUGGGAAGACGCUGUACAAAAGUAAAGUCAUAUAUAAGAACUUGAACCCAGUCUGGGAUGAAAUAGUUGUGUUGCCAAUACAAAGUCUUGAUCAAAAGCUACGUGUGAAGGUGUAUGAUCGAGAUUUAACCACAUCUGAUUUCAUGGGUUCUGCAUUUGUCAUUCUCAGUGAUCUUGAGCUGAACAGAACAACUGAACACAUUUUAAAAUUGGAGGAUCCAAACAGUUUAGAAGAGGACAUGGGAGUGAUUGUGUUAAAUUUGAACCUGGUAGUAAAACUAGGUGAUUUCAAGAGGCAUCGUUGGUCAAAUCGGAAGCACUUAAGUGCUAGCAAGUCCUCUUUGAUACGCAACCUACGGCUCUCAGAGUCCUUGAAAAAGAAUCAGCUCUGGAAUGGGAUUAUAAGUAUAACUUUGUUGGAAGGGAAGAAUGUCUCAGGAGGAAAUAUGACCGAGAUGUUUGUUCAGUUAAAACUGGGAGAUCAGAGGUACAAAAGUAAGACACUGUGUAAGAGUGCAAAUCCGCAGUGGCAGGAACAGUUUGACUUUCACUACUUCUCUGACAGGAUGGGCAUUUUGGACAUUGAAGUAUGGGGAAAGGACGGCAAAAAGCACGAGGAGCGCCUGGGCACGUGUAAAGUGGAUAUUGCCGCACUCCCGUUGAAGCAAGACAACUGUCUUGAACUGCCGCUGGAGAGCUGCCUGGGGGCGCUGCUCCUGUUGAUCACCCUCACGCCCUGCGCGGGAGUCUCCGUCUCUGAUCUAUGCGUCUGCCCCUUAGCGGACCCAAGUGAAAGAAAGCAGAUUUCCCAGCGAUAUUGUCUACAGAACUCUUUGAAAGAUAUGAAGGAUGUUGGGAUUUUACAAGUAAAGGUAUUAAAGGCAGUAGAUCUCUUAGCAGCGGAUUUCUCAGGGAAGAGCGAUCCUUUUUGCUUGUUGGAGUUAGGCAAUGAUCGACUUCAGACACAUACCAUUUACAAAAACCUCAACCCCGAAUGGAACAAAGUUUUUACAUUUCCCAUUAAAGAUAUCCAUGACGUUUUGGAAGUGACAGUGUUUGAUGAAGAUGGAGAUAAACCCCCCGACUUCCUUGGAAAAGUUGCCAUUCCCUUGCUGUCUAUUAGAGAUGGAGAACCAAAUUGUUAUGUGUUAAAGAACAAAGAUUUAGAACAAGCCUUUAAAGGAGUUAUCUACUUAGAGAUGGAUCUCAUAUAUAAUCCGGUCAAGGCCAGUAUUAGGACCUUUACUCCUAGAGAAAAGCGCUUUGUUGAAGAUAACCGCAAGCUGUCCAAAAAGAUCUUAUCAAGAGAUGUAGACCGUGUGAAAAGACUCACUGUGGCAAUAUGGAAUACAGUUCAGUUCCUUAAAAGCUGCUUCCAGUGGGAGUCAACACUAAGAAGUGCAGUAGCAUUCGUGGUAUUUUUGGUCACUGUCUGGAAUUUUGAACUCUACAUGAUCCCCCUGGCACUGUUGCUACUGUUUUUCUACAAUUUCAUCAGGCCCAUGAAAGGGAAGGUCAGUAGCAUCCAGGACAGACAGGAGAGCACAGACAUCGAAGAGGAGGAUGAUGAGGAUGACAAGGAAUCUGAGAAAAAGGGGCUAAUUGAGAGAUUCUACAUGGUACAGGAUAUUGUGUCAACUGUUCAAAACAUCCUAGAGGAAGUAGCUUCUUUUGGAGAAAGAAUUAAAAACACGUUUAACUGGACAGUCCCUUUCCUUUCCUUGCUGGCCUGUUUGGUUCUGGCGGUGGCUACCAUCGUUCUGUACUUGAUUCCGUUGCGGUACAUCAUUUUAAUCUGGGGCAUAAAUAAAUUUACUAAGAAGCUCCGAAAUCCCUAUUCCAUCGACAAUAAUGAGCUACUAGACUUUCUCUCCAGGGUACCGUCAGAUGUUCAAAAGGUGCAGUACUCCGAAUUGAAACCCUGCAGCAGCCACAGCCCACUUCGGAAGAAGCGCACCACACUAGGUCCACACUGACUUUCAACCCAGCACCCUGUAUUGUGCGGUUGAUUAGACCAACAUCAUAACGGCUUCAGUGGUACCCAUGGUGUCCUGAAAUGCGUGCGGUAUGGAGCUCACUCUGUAUUCUCCCCACUUCUUCUUCUGGUGCACAGAUGCACGAACACCUGCACACACAGCUCUACACAGGAUUCCUAGUUGCACAGACUGUCAGCCCAGCAAAAAGAACCAACCCAAAACUGUGAAAAACUCCCAUCCAUUCGCCAAGAGGAAAUGAAGCAAGGCUUCCAUGGGAUGUGGCUGAAUAUCUUUCUAGAGAACCGCUAGGAGACCACGUGGCUUCGAGAUUGACUUUGUGCUUCUUUUCACACCUCCCACAGACUCUAAUUAAGAUGCAGUCAUUUCCAUUCUCCACCCACACACUCCUCUCAGAUUGUUGUUUCAGUAAGUUUCUUCUGAGUUAACAACUCUUUGGUGGCUGUGGUCUGUCCAGAUCAUAUGUAUUAGAGGAAGAUUUUAAUGGUUGUCAGAAUUAACCCAAAUCUUUAGAAGUUUUUCAGCUGUGGUCACAGAGGAUAUGUAUGUGAGUUUUUAGUGAUGUUUGGUGCUGACUGCAGCCUACAUCAUGGUCCAUUGCUGGCAAUGGAUGUCCCAAGGGAUCCCUCUUUGAAAGAGUAAGGGUUUCAUGAAAGUAUUCAGUUGCUUUAAAACACCAUUUCUUUUGACUUAUUGUUUGCUUAUUUCAAAAAUAAAAUAUCAGUAUAUAGCUUCAGAAGGCAGACAGGGAGGAGAAUGAAUUCAUUCAAAUAGUUAAAAUUAUGGUAAGCUAGAAAUUAAUAAUGGGGCUACUUGCCUAAGUAUCAUAAUCAUUUCAUUUGCCCAAAUGUUUUGAGCAGAAAGUUAAAAUAGUUUGGCCAUCCAAAUUUAUAUUUUAUCUUCAGGUCAAAACUUAGCUAUAUACAAUAAAAAAAAAAAACAACUGUUUUAGGACCAAAUUCUUAGAGAAAUACCACACACCUUUAUAGACUACAAUGCCACAGUAUUCUCCCAUCAAGUAAAAAUUUUUAUUUGUGCCUAUAUAAAAUGUUUGAAACUAUCUUUCUGUUCAAAUGAUAUUUAAGCUUUACAGACUGUAUUUCAUGGACACAUACUUCGUAUGUGCAGUUUUAUAUAUGUAUAUGUAUUGUAAAGACAAGGUAAAAAUACCUAAUUUAAUAGUUUACUAUGUUUUUUGUCUCUGGGUUGUAACUUAAUUAUCUUCAAACAAAAUGUUUAUGAAAAAUGCCAAAGAUUCUAAACCUUA